GCGCCGUUCUCUUCGUGGUCAUGACUGGUGAUUCAAUUUUGGUCUGUCACAACCACAAAACCAUGCCACGUGUCGCGAGUUCUACAAGCAACGAAACAGGUGCCUGCGGUGCCUGCAGUGCCUGUGUUUGAACUUUCGGUGUCACUUUGAUUCUUCUUGAAGAUGGGUUGCAGAUAAACCUUUUGACGAACAGAAAAUCCAGAGUCCUAUAACAGGAUCAAUCCUACUCCUCUUCCUAGAGUAUUUCCUUUUCUUUAUCACUACCUAGGUGUCUUCCUCGAGAAAUGUCCGCACGACUUCUCACAGUCACAGCCCAAGGGGCUGCUCUGGCUGCCGCCUCGAAUACCCUUGCUCAAGGUUUCACCAUCUACCGGGACCAAACCCUCUCUGCAUUCGACCCGGUCACCCUCCUUCAUUUCGUGCUCUACUCUGUCAUAAGCACUCCGCCCAACUACAAGUGGCAGUUGUGGUUGGAAGACAACUUCCCUAGCAAUCCCAAGAAAGAUGUGGCCGCUCCGGAAAAGAAGAGCGAUGAUGCAAAAGGCGAGGAGAAACAGACGCUCUCGGUGACCAACACAAUUGCCAAAUUCGUGCUGGAUCAGUCCAUUGGCGCAGCCUUCAAUACUCUGCUCUUCAUCACCAUGAUCAAUCUAUUUAGAGGCGCUGGCUAUGAUAAGAUCAUGACAGCUGUACGAAGAGAUUUCUGGACCAUGAUGAUCGCAGGAUACAAGUUCUGGCCUCUUGUCUCGAUUCUCAAUCUUUCCGUCGUCCCCGUUGAACAAAGAAUGCUUGUUGGUGGCUUGGCUGGAUUGGCCUGGGGUAUUUAUGUUAGUCUCAUGGGGCUCUGACUGGUCAUGAAAGGCAAGAGUGCGAAAUAGACAGCAAUAGAGGUCCUGCAGGCAUCCGAAUCCGAUGCAUCGUUUAGUUGGACCAAUGCAGGAAAAGCCUUGCGGAGUACUCCGUAGGGAGUGUGGGAGUACUGUAUAGCCGUAAGCCAACCGGCCUAAGCCGGUUUGAAUCAUAAACCGAGGUACAAGCUUG